AAUGAGGGCGGAAACAAACGAGGAAGAAACUUGUACGUGUCCUGUUUUAAAAUGCUAAGUUGUUUGUUGCCCCUUUGCGUUCAGAUUUUUUGUAGAUUCUUUUUUUAAUAUCUACGAUCUAAUUUUUUAAAUUAGGAACAAAAUCCGAUUCACUGUGUUUGGUUGUAAUAAUAUUACAUUGAAAUGUUAAUACAUUUAUGCCAGUUGUUUAUGCACUCAUGAGCAACACAAGGGCUCUGUUGAGUUGUACGGUACUUUCUCUGCAAGAUUCCAGUUUUGUAUACCCGUCCUGCAAAAAUUGUUUAUCCAGAAUAAAUCAGGAAACCAGUAAAAGAGCUACAUGUGCUAGGUGUGGAUUCUCAUGUGAUCUACAAAAUGUGGACUACAGAUACAGGCUUUCUCUUAAGGUGUCCAGGAACCAGGAUAUAUUUGGUGUGACAGUAUUUGGUGGCUGUUUAAAUUCCUUCUUUGGCAUUACUGCUGGUGGCCUCCAAAAAUUUAUUGAAUUGGAGAAAUCUAAUGGUAAACAAACCAUUCAACAACUACUUAUCAAAGCCGUGGAAGACUGCUUCAUAGGAAGAUGUGUUGUUUUUGGAUUGAAGGUUUCUUGUGACGAUGUCACAACGUGGUCAGCCAAUAAACGGAUAUCUUCGCUGGAUGUGAAGCCCAGACAGCUAUUGGCCUGUCAGAUAAUUUCCCCAAGUGAUGCUGUUGCAGGAUUCACUGUAAUUGGUUAUUUAAAAAAUCUGCUGAACUCAAAUUUGUGCAGUGCUGAAUUUGCCAACAGUGGUGCAUGUCUGUCACAAGAGAAAGAUUCACAAAGUUCACAAAGAGAUGAAUUGAACAGCUUUGAUUAUACAUUGCCAUCAUGCGCAAGGAUAAAUUCUCAACCCAGCAGUGGGGAAUUUACACUGCCAAGUGCAUGGCCAUCGCCUGGCUUACGCUGCAGUCCAGGAGAAAGAUGUAGCGACUCAUUACAACAAUCCAGAGACUUUGAUAUUUAUACUCUUUCACCAAAGAAUGAAGAUACAAGAGCAUGUCAUCCCAGUCUGAAAGACAAGUGCUUGUGGGCUUGUCCUUUAGAUGAGUUGAAACAUGUUAAUGGCAUACAGGAUGAACUGAAAAAUGAAACGCAGAGGUGUAACAGAAUAUCAUUGUCUUCAAGCUGUGACAUGUUUGAGCCAUUAGCACAUUUCGACAUUUCUACUGCAUGUGAUCCUGCAUACACCCCGAACACAAUUUCGCAAGAAAAUGAUUUAGAAAUAAUGAUAUCUGGCAAUUGUCUUUUGAAAGCUAAAUCUGGGAAACAAUACGAUGCACCUUUUGACAAGUCACCUUUUAGCCAUUCUGAUCAAAACAUAUGUUUAGAUUUAGAGGAUGCACCUUUAUCUGAAAAUUUACUUGAGUUUGUCAAAACUAAGCCUCAAUUGUCAGGGAUUAUUGAUGAACGGCUGAGUUCAGAUAAACAAGAUGAAGUGAUUCAGGACCAAACUAGAUGCUUUCCAAGUAAAAGUUCAAUGCUUAUGAGUAAUAUCUCAAAGACUGAUGCUGCUGUAAAAACUGAUGAAAAAUCAUUGGUCUCACCAAUGUGCAAUGUGAAAAAGAAAAGUUUAAAUGACUGUCCAAAAAAUCUUGAUACUCCCAAUGUGCUGUGCACAACUAAUUUUCAGGGCCGGAUAAAGAAAAAAAGAAUCCUCACAGAUUUAAACAUGAAUUUCAGCCCUGCCAAUGUGCAUGUAUCUCACGAUCUUCCUAAAAACAACAGAUUGUGUUUUUCUAACAGAAAGGACCUCACGUUACAAAGAAAAAGAUUAACCAGGAACAGGCUCUCUAUGGCUUUUUGUUCACUAAACCAUGAGGAGGGCAAAUAUUUCAGGCACCGUGUGCAAACUAUGGUCCAUUCUGUUAAUUGCAAAGUCAAGCAGGAACAAACUCUAUGUGAUGACCAUGUGGAUACGUACAAUUGCUCUGCGGAUUUGUUUGCUUCUUGUCAAAACAGUAUGGACAUGAACCAUUCGGAUGUGACAGAGAUUUCUAAAGUAAAUGAACCAAAGAAUGUGAACCAAUCAGAACCUGGAGUUUCAGGCUCUCUACAUUUUUCACCAUGUUUGCAGUCCACCCCAGUUUCCUAUCAGCACCCAUCCAGGCAGAAGACCGGGAAAAGUAAAAAACGUGUAGACUCGUUGAGCUCUAAAGGACUUAAACUUGAGUUUAAAAGUAACGUGAAGGGUCUAAAGGAAAACAUACAAAACAAACCCACAAUGUCUGAGUUCACAGAAAGAUGUUCAGAUGAGUCGGAUAUGCUGGGCAGAAGUUGUAAUUCAUCCAUAAAUUUAAAUGAAUGGUCCAAAGAUCUGUUUGAAAAUUCAUUCUGAGUUAAAAUAAGAACAUGAAUGAAAUAUUUUCCAUCUAUGUUGAUAAACUAUGCUUUUGUCAACAAUCAAAUAUGUUUGUAUGAUUUGUAAAAAUGUAUAUAAAAUUUAGACCCUUAUUUGGUUUUGUUAUUAUUAAAAAUUGUCAAAGGAUUAUAUUUGUACUUUAUUAAAACAAAAUAUAAGGUAUCGUAGUUAC